GUUUCCCUGGCCUCCCCCCGGGUUCCCCGUGCCUCGGUGGAGUAUUCGCGUUCGUUGGUUCGGGGCUGGGGCUGGAGGAGGCAGCCACACGCGCGCACACGCACACGUUCAGAGGAGGGCGAGAGGCAGCGGCACCGGCACCAUCUGCAGUGUCAAUGCGGCGCUCCCGCUGAAGCAGGCAAAGCGGCGCUUGCAGGGAGCCUGCACCCCUCCCUCGACACUGCUGUGCCGAGUGUGACCGUGACCCGAGGACGCGUCUCUGAAAUGAAAGCCAUGCCUUGGAAUUGGACCUGCCUGCUCUCCCACCUCCUAAUGGUGGGGAUGGGCUCCUCCACUCUGCUCCCCCAGCAGCCACCCCUGCUGCCCCAGAAGCGGUCUUUGGUCACGUUCCGCGGGGAGCCCGCCGAGAGCUUCAACCACCUGGUGGUGGACGAGAGGACAGGGCACAUUUACGUGGGGGCCGUCAAUCGGAUCUACAAGCUCUCCAGUGACUUGAAGGUCCUGGUGACCCACCAGACCGGGCCGGACGAGGACAACCCCAAGUGCUACCCUCCCCGCAUUGUCCAGACGUGCAACGAGCCCCUGACCACCACCAACAAUGUCAACAAGAUGCUCCUGAUCGACUACAAGGAGAACAGGCUGAUCGCUUGCGGGAGCCUGUACCAAGGCAUCUGCAAGCUGCUCAGGCUGGAGGACCUCUUCAAGCUGGGGGAGCCUUUCCACAAGAAGGAGCACUACCUGUCGGGGGUCAACGAGAGUGGCUCUGUCUUUGGGGUGAUCGUCUCCUACAACAACCUGGACGACAAGCUCUUCAUUGCCACGGCCGUGGACGGGAAGCCGGAGUAUUUCCCCACCAUCUCCAGCCGGAAACUGACCAAGAACUCAGAGGCGGAUGGCAUGUUCGCGUAUGUCUUCCACGAUGAGUUUGUGGCCUCGAUGAUCAAGAUUCCUUCGGACACUUUCACCGUCAUUCCCGACUUUGAUAUCUACUACGUCUAUGGCUUCAGCAGCGGCAACUUUGUCUACUUUUUGACGCUUCAGCCUGAGAUGGUGUCUCCCCCCGGCUCCACCACAAAGGAGCAGGUUUAUACGUCUAAGCUCGUGAGACUUUGCAAGGAGGACACGGCCUUCAACUCCUACGUGGAGGUGCCCAUUGGCUGUGAGCAUGGCGGGGUGGAGUACCGCCUGCUGCAGGCUGCCUACCUGUCCAAAGCUGGGGCCGUGCUCGCCCGGACCCUCGGGGUUCGCCCAGAGGACGACCUCCUCUUCACCGUCUUCUCCAAAGGCCAGAAGCGGAAAAUGAAAUCCCUGGACGAGUCGGCCCUGUGCAUCUUCGUCCUGAAGCGGAUCAAUGACCGCAUUAAGGAACGGCUGCAGUCCUGCUAUCGGGGCGAGGGCACGCUGGACCUGGCCUGGCUCAAGGUGAAGGACAUUCCCUGCAGCAGCGCGCUCUUAACCAUCGAUGACAACUUCUGUGGCCUGGAUAUGAACGCCCCCCUGGGCGUGUCUGAGAUGGUGCGUGGCAUCCCCGUCUUCACGGAGGACAGGGACCGCAUGACUUCUGUCAUCGCAUACGUCUACAAGAAUCAUUCUCUGGCCUUCGUGGGCACCAAAAGUGGCAAGCUGAAGAAGAUCCGGGUAGAUGGGCCCAGGGGCAAUGCCCUCCAGUAUGAGACGGUACAGGUGGUGGACCCCGGCCCCGUCCUCCGGGACAUGGCCUUCUCCAAGGACCACGAGCAGCUCUACAUCAUGUCGGAAAGGCAGCUCACCAGAGUCCCUGUGGAGUCCUGCGGUCAGUAUCGGAGCUGCGGCGAGUGCCUGGGCUCAGGCGAUCCCCACUGUGGCUGGUGUGUGCUCCACAACACGUGCACCCGGAAGGAGCGCUGUGAGCGGUCCAGAGAGCCCCGCAGGUUUGCCUCUGAGAUGAAGCAGUGCGUCCGACUGACCGUCCAUCCCAGCAACAUCUCCGUCUCUCAGUACAAUGUCCUGCUGGUCCUGGAGACGUACAAUGUCCCAGAGCUGUCAGCUGGUGUCAACUGCACCUUCGAGGACCUCUCAGAGAUGGACGGGCUGGUGGUAGGCAAUCAGAUCCAGUGCUACUCCCCAGCAGCCAAGGAGGUGCCCCGGAUCAUCACGGAGAACGGGGACCACCACGUCGUCCAGCUGCAGCUCAAGUCGAAGGAGACAGGCAUGACCUUUGCCAGCACCACCUUUGUCUUCUACAACUGCAGCGUCCACAAUUCGUGCCUGUCCUGCGUGGAGAGCCCAUACCGCUGCCACUGGUGUAAAUACCGGCAUGUCUGCACCCAUGACCCCAAGACUUGCUCCUUCCAGGAAGGCCGGGUGAGGCUGCCUGAGGACUGCCCGCAGCUGCUGCGACUGGACAAGAUCCUGGUGCCCGUGGAGGUGAUCAAGCCCAUCACUCUCAAGGCCAAGAACCUCCCCCAGCCGCAGUCGGGGCAGCGCGGGUACGAGUGCAUCCUCAGCAUCCAGGGCAGCGAGCAGAGGGUGCCCGCCCUGCGCUUCAACAGCUCCAGCGUGCAGUGCCAGAACACCUCUUAUUCCUACGAAGGGAUGGAGAUCAACAACCUGCCGGUGAAGCUGACAGUUGUGUGGAACGGGCACUUCAACAUUGAUAACCCAGCUCAGAACAAAGUUCACCUCUAUAAGUGCGGCGCCAUGCGUGAGAGCUGCGGACUGUGCCUCAAGGCGGACCCGGACUUCGAAUGUGGCUGGUGCCAGGGCCAGGGCCAGUGUACCCUCCGGCAGCACUGCCCCAUCCACGAGAGCCACUGGCUGGAGCUGUCGGGCGCCAACAGCAAGUGCACGAAUCCCCGCAUCACAGAGAUAAUCCCAGUGACAGGCCCCCGGGAAGGGGGCACCAAGGUCACCAUCCGAGGGGAGAACCUGGGCCUGGAAUUCCGGGACAUCGCCUCCCAUGUCAAGGUGGCCGGCGUGGAGUGCAGCCCUUUGGUAGAUGGCUACAUCCCUGCGGAACAGAUCGUGUGUGAGAUGGGGGAGGCCAAGCCCAGCCAGCACGCCGGCUUCGUGGAGAUCUGUGUGGCUGUGUGUCGGCCCGAGUUCAUGGCCAGGUCCUCGCAGCUCUAUUACUUCAUGACGCUGACUCUCUCAGACCUGAAGCCCAGCCGGGGGCCCAUGUCCGGAGGCACACAGGUGACCAUCACGGGCACCAACCUGAACGCGGGCAGCAACGUGGGGGUGAUGUUUGGGAAGCAGCCCUGCCUCUUCCACAGGCGCUCUCCGUCCUACAUCGUCUGCAACACCACGUCCUCAGAUGAGGUGCUGGAAAUGAAGGUGAUGGUGCAGGUGGACAGGGCCAAGAUCCACCAGGACCUGUUUUUCCAGUACGUGGAGGAUCCUACCAUCGUGCGGAUCGAGCCCGAGUGGAGCAUCAUCAGUGGGAACACACCCAUCGCCGUGAGGGGGACUCACCUGGACCUCAUACAGAACCCCCAGAUCCGUGCCAAGCACGGAGGGAAGGAGCACAUCAAUCUCUGCGAGGUUCUGAACGCUACUGAGAUGACCUGCCAGGCUCCUGCCCUCGCUCUGGGGCCCGACCACCAGUCUGACCUGACGGAGAGGCCCGAGGAGUUUGGCUUCAUCCUGGACAACGUCCAGUCCCUGCUAAUCCUUAACAAGACCAACUUCACCUACUACCCCAAUCCUGUGUUUGAGGCCUUCGGUCCCUCAGGAAUCCUGGAGCUCAAGCCCGGCACACCCAUCAUCCUAAAGGGCAAGAACCUGAUCCCGCCUGUGGCUGGGGGCAAUGUAAAGCUGAACUACACCGUGCUGGUCGGGGAGAAGCCAUGCACCGUCACAGUGUCGGAUGUGCAGCUGCUCUGCGAGUCCCCCAACCUCAUAGGCCGGCACAAAGUGAUGGCCCGAGUCGGUGGCAUGGAGUACUCCCCGGGGAUGGUGUACAUUGCCCCGGACAGCCCGCUCAGCCUGCCCGCCAUCGUUAGCAUCGCCGUGGCCGGCGGCCUCCUCAUCAUCUUCAUCGUGGCCGUUCUCAUCGCCUACAAACGCAAGUCCCGGGAGAGCGACCUCACGCUGAAGCGGUUGCAGAUGCAGAUGGACAACCUGGAGUCCCGCGUGGCCCUGGAGUGCAAAGAAGCCUUUGCCGAACUGCAGACGGACAUCCACGAGUUGACCAGUGACCUGGACGGAGCCGGGAUUCCCUUCCUGGACUACAGAACCUACACUAUGCGAGUGCUGUUCCCGGGAAUUGAAGACCACCCUGUCCUCCGGGACCUCGAGGUCCCAGGCUACCGGCAGGAGCGCGUGGAGAAAGGCCUGAAGCUCUUCGCUCAGCUCAUCAACAACAAGGUGUUCCUGCUGUCCUUCAUCCGCACGCUGGAGUCUCAGCGCAGCUUCUCCAUGCGUGACCGCGGCAAUGUGGCCUCGCUCAUCAUGACGGUGCUGCAGAGCAAGCUGGAGUACGCCACUGACGUGCUGAAGCAGCUGCUGGCUGACCUCAUAGACAAGAACCUGGAGAGCAAGAACCAUCCCAAGCUGCUGCUCAGGAGGACUGAGUCGGUGGCUGAGAAGAUGUUGACCAAUUGGUUUACUUUCCUGCUCUACAAGUUCCUCAAGGAGUGUGCCGGGGAGCCCCUCUUCUCCCUGUUCUGCGCCAUCAAGCAGCAGAUGGAGAAGGGGCCCAUUGACGCCAUCACGGGCGAGGCCCGCUACUCUCUGAGCGAGGACAAGCUCAUCCGCCAGCAGAUCGACUACAAAACUCUGGUCCUGAGUUGUGUCAACCCAGACAGUGCCAACAGCCCUGAGGUCCCAGUGAAGAUCCUCAACUGCGACACCAUUACUCAGGUCAAGGAGAAGAUUCUGGACGCCAUCUUCAAGAAUGUGCCCUGCUCCCACCGGCCCAAGGCUGCAGACAUGGACCUGGAGUGGCGACAGGGAAGCGGGGCAAGGAUGAUCCUGCAGGACGAAGACAUCACCACCAAGAUUGAGAACGACUGGAAGAGACUGAACACCCUGGCGCAUUACCAGGUGCCGGAUGGUUCUGUGGUGGCUUUAGUGUCCAAGCAGGUGACAGCUUACAAUGCAGUGAACAACUCCACCGUCUCCAGGACCUCGGCAAGUAAAUACGAAAACAUGAUCCGGUACACGGGCAGCCCUGACAGCCUCCGCUCACGCACACCCAUGAUCACCCCUGACCUGGAGAGUGGCGUCAAGCUGUGGCACCUGGUGAAGAACCACGAGCACGGGGACCAGAAGGAGGGUGACCGGGGGAGCAAGAUGGUGUCUGAAAUCUAUCUGACACGACUGCUGGCCACUAAGGGCACACUGCAGAAGUUUGUGGACGACCUCUUCGAGACCAUCUUCAGCACGGCGCACCGCGGCUCCGCCCUGCCCCUGGCGAUCAAGUACAUGUUUGACUUCCUGGAUGAGCAGGCGGACAAGCACGGCAUCCACGACCCGCACGUCCGCCACACCUGGAAGAGCAACUGCCUGCCUCUGAGGUUUUGGGUCAACAUGAUCAAGAACCCCCAGUUUGUGUUUGACAUCCACAAGAACAGCAUCACUGACGCCUGCCUGUCUGUGGUGGCCCAGACCUUCAUGGACUCCUGUUCCACGUCGGAGCACCGGCUGGGCAAGGACUCCCCCUCCAACAAGCUGCUCUACGCCAAGGACAUCCCGAGCUACAAGAACUGGGUGGAGAGGUAUUACUCAGACAUCGGGAAGAUGCCGGCCAUCAGUGACCAGGACAUGAAUGCGUACCUGGCUGAGCAGUCCCGGAUGCACAUGAACGAGUUCAACACCAUGAGCGCGCUCUCCGAGAUCUUCUCCUACGUGGGCAAGUACAGCGAGGAGAUCCUUGGACCUCUGGACCACGAUGACCAGUGUGGGAAGCAGAAACUGGCCUACAAACUAGAACAAGUCAUAACCCUCAUGAGCUUAGACAGCUGAGAACCGUCCUUCCAGGCACCCCCUGGAGGGAGGGACACACCAAGCCGUGCCUCAGUCUAGAUUAUCAUCUUUACCAAGUGCAAGUUCCGACUGGCGUCAGCAGCAUCCCCUGAGCAGCGCUAUCUCCCUCUCUCUCUGCCUGUUUCUGUCUCUCUCUCCUUCCUGGAUCCCCUCUCUUUCAGUUGCUCUACCAACAUGAUUGAGCCACGCCACCGACCCUCGGUUAGUCCAGGAUGGCCCGCCCCGCCCCAUGAGGGACCUGACCAGAAGACAUCAGAGGGGGCCCUCCUUCCCUGCUGACCUCAUGCAUUAGCAGCAGGGCCCGAAUAUGGAUGAGGAGCCACGGAUGAAGGAUGUUUCUGUACUGCUACUUCUCCCACAUUUUGAUAGCCCCGCAUUGAGCCGAGCGUUGGCCUGCGGACGAGGCAGUGAGCUCUGUAUUACCUUCACUGGGAAGACGUCUCCUGGCCCAGGUUUCCAUCUCCAGGGGGUCUGUCAGUGGAGUGGUCCCUCUGCAACUGUAAGAAAGGCUGCACCUCCUGCGUGUGGCUGGACUGGGGAGCGUGAGGCAUCGUGGGGUGCCUCGCAUGCUGUCUCCCACUUGUUGGAUUGGCAUCCAGAGGCCUUUUUGUUCCCUUCCAAUCUUCUUGGAGCCUUUCCAAGUGCCCAUAGGGCCCUGCCUGCCCAGUCUCCUCCCGGGCCUGUGGAAAACCAGACAGGAGAAAGAAUAGCAGUUACAGCCCACUGUGGAGAUCCUCCCAACCUCCCAGUCUGGCUCACAGUGGCAGAAAUGUAACAUGUAGAGGGAGAAAAGAAGAGAGCUGCAUCUACCCUGGAAGCAAAAUUGGUUGUUUUCCAUUCGCCUCCAUAUGCUAACAAGUCACGACCACAGUCAUGGGUCUGACCCCUUGCAGAUCCCCGAGUGCCGUCUAGAGGACACACCUCCAACCUCCUCGGUCAUCGCUCAUCAGGGGUCAGGGUAAAAUGCCGAGUGCAUCUGGGAGAGUCUACCUCCAGCUGUCUCCGUGGCUCCCGUCCCCACUGUCCUUCCUGAGAACUGUAGAAAGUUGGGGCAGACAGCCUUGCCCCUGGCUCCCUGCAGAAUCUGGUGCCGUUGCAGAUGCAGAUGACUUUGUCUCUGGACUGUUCAGACCUCCUUGGGAGUUAUUUCAUCAACAUCUCAGCUGUCUCUUUAGUCACUCUCCUCCCUCAGCUCUUCGGCAGUCGUCAUGGAAAGAAACACACUCAAGCACAGCCUCACAGAGACAGGCCAAAAUGCCAGCCCAACUCAGUCCCGAGUGUGUCGUGUUUGGGAAGGACCGAAGAAUCAAGAGGAAGGACCUGGCUGGAAAAGGGAGGAAAAGGAGGACAUACAACUGACCUUGGCUCUGGCAUCUGUUCCUCCAUCUGUCCUUCCAUCCAUGGCCAGCCAGACUAAUGUGUGCUCAGACAUGUGUCCUAGGUGAGCAGGGGCUAUUAUGAGAGACGGUCUGACGGAGGAUCGUGGAAACCUAUAACCUUGAAGGGACCUUAGACACCAUCUCCAUCUGUGGUCCAGUCUCCGCCAUAGACUCGCCUGGCAGCCCCGGUGUGGAGUUGUACCCCACUCUGGGAGGCAAGCGGCGGCAUCAUCUCAGGUGGGGUUGGGGACAAGGUUCCACAGUCCCGCCUUCACCCCCCGAGCAUCAGACAUCCUCCCCUGCCAUCCACUCCACAGGGGCCCCACGUGGAAAGAGGAAGGAACCACACCAUUUCCAGCAACAUCUGUGGAGCACCCUGUGCUUAAAGAAUGCUAGCCCCUUUGGAUAUGAGUGUGUGUGUGUGUGUGUGUGUGUGUGUGAUCUCAUGUGCACAUGCACGUGUGUGUGUGUGUGUGUGCCCCAGGAGUAGGCAGAGAGCUCAGAAAGCUUCCUUGUCCUAUCAGGGGAUCUGAAGCAUCUCCCUUCUCUGCCCUUGCUCACCAUUCAUUCUGCAACUUCAGGACAUUUCAACACUUGUUUUCUGUGCUGAGUGCAGAGGGAUGAGGUCACCUCUCCGUAGGAAAUCAGGGUGGUCACUGGCCAAGGGGAUCCUGGACAGGACUGGAGGCCGGGCAGUGGUGACGCAGAGCAGGGCGUGAUGUGGCGUCGAGCAGGACAAAUGAUGGGCAAAAUACAAGUAACCUAACCAACGGGAAGAGGAGAAUGAGAAAAUAUGCAUGUCAAGGGGGAAAAGCAUAACCAAAGGUUUUGGCAAAUGAAGUGCCAAGUGAAGAAGCAUGGAAUUUCUACCCUUGAUCAUUUGAUUUCCUCCCCAGAAGCCACAAGCCCUGGCAGGCCAGGAAGGAAGCGUGCAGGAGGGCUGAGGAGGCACCUGGGCCGCUAAAAUAUUUUUGCACAUGUGAAGGGAUUGGGGAGAAGAAAGACACAAACAUAUUUAACACAGAUGUGCUGAGUGGAAGCUGUGAGUGUAAGUAUGUGUGUAUGAGUGUGUUUUGAUUUAUUUUUUAAGUUUUGCACAGUUAGAGAAAAAAAAUGAACAUUUAGAAAAAAGACUGUUAUCAUGGUUCUGCUGAAGCUUUUCUUUUUUUGACCGGAUUAUUAUUAUUGUUUCAUUGUCGGUACAAAUUUUCCCCCCAUGUUUUUGUUGUAAGAGAAACUUCAGUCACCUCGGAGAAAUGUCAGGAAGAAAGAGGGGAGGAGGAGGGACAAGUUUCCAUGCCCUCCUCCUCUCUCCUGGGGGACGGGUUUGGGGCAGGUUUUAUUUUAAUUGGUGGGGUGGGUGGUUUCUGGCGCUUUGUUUGCCCAAAGUCUCUGUGGCCUGCUGGGGGGAUGGAGAAAUAGGAUCGAAUUUCGCAGCGUCACAACCCAUCUUCCCCAUAAGAGCUCUUUUUCCUUUUGCUGUUUGUUUUCCAUUUCUUUCGUUUGGAUUCUUGGCGCAUGUGUGAUACGUUUCAAAGUAAAGACAAGGCAGCGUUGUCAAAAAGCCUCUCUUUCCCCCAGAUCUUCUUUCCACACUUGCCCUUGGAAUGCCCAACCUCCUCCAUGCUGGCCAGUAUGUGCCAGAGAAGGGACUUGGGCAGACUGGGUCCUCUGGAAGGGAAGUCUCUUCAAGGCCCCGCCCCGUGUCACAGUUAAUGUUCAGGGUCACAGUUCUGUUUAAGGUGGGACCUUUAUCUGACUCCUUGAGUUGUGGGCAGAGAGCAGGGGAGAAAAGGCCAUGUCUCCUCACCUCCCUUUCAUCCCAUCUCUUUCACUCUUUCAACCCCUUGAAACCACCAGGGUCCAAAAUGGUACCAGGAGAUCACACAGUCGAAAUAACUGACCUGGGUGAGGUAAGGAGUCUGAAUGUUGAAGUGAGAUGGGAUGGCGCCGGGAAGGGAGAACUUUACAAGGUCCUCAAUCUACAAGAAUGGGCGAGAGAGGCUGGGAAAGUUAACUGCAGGCUGGUCAUCUCUCCCGGGAGCACAAGUCUCCCCCAGGUCUGGGCUUUGCCAUUCUCUGUCCUUCCUUGGAAGGAGAAACCCUGACAUUUCUUGGUUAACUGCAAAUAGUACCUUUAAGUGAAGUCGGCUAUUGUGUCGGUUACUUCCUCAGGAAAACAUUUUUUUCUUGCCUUCUGCUUUCAAGGUGGUUUGGAAGUCAGGGACCCAGGAUAACCUGAGCGUCCCAUAGGCCAACCGUGAUGUGCACACCCAGAGCCCUAGAGCCUCCCUCUUGUGAGCCUGUGGGCCAGUGAGUGAGGCCAGAGAUGCUAGAAAGAGAGAAGUCGGUUUAAAGAAAUCCUGACAUUUGAGGCAGACUGACCUGGACUGAGCGGCGGGAGGUCUCUAAUCUUGGCCCUGCGGGCCCAGCUCUCACCUCCCAGGCCGGGAUCAGUGUCGAUGUACUGUCCCAGCACCACACCCCCUUCCCCUCACCCCAGGUCCUCGUGCUCUUGUCCCCUUCGCAUGCCUGGCUCCUGAGUGCCCCCUCCCCCCUUGCUCACUUCCCGCACGCAUAGCCUCUGCCCCAAGACCCCGUAGCCACUAAGUUCAGGAGCUGCUCAGCCCCCAAUGGACAGCUCCGCCCUCAGUCCAGCCCCCUGGGACCGCCCUAGCCCCAUCCAGCCCUCCAAAGAUGCCUCGCCUCGCGAGUAAGCGCUCGGGGCUCCCUGGUCCAGCCAGGGCCGGUGGGCCCCCCAGCAGAGGAGCCACAGCAGUGAUUUCCCAAAGGACCUCCAUUCCACAAGGCAAGCCCUGCUGAUGUUUCCAGAGCCCUAAACAACCCCUCGCUCUCACCUAAAAGGGAAAGCUCCUUAUCCCAUCCGUCUCAGCUCUUAGGACAAAAGGGCACUUCCUUUGGCCUCACAGGAUGCCAAGUCAAAUACUUAACGCAGUGAAGGCUACGGUUAAUUACUGUUAAUCAAAAACAGAGCCCUGGAGAGAGGAGCUUUGGCCCUGGACCACGGCCCUUCCAGGAACUGGCCCCGCCAAUGAGAACCGCAGCGCGGGUGUCUGAGAGGUGAUCCCAUGAAUGAAAAGCGUCUAGGUACCAGAGUCCGCACCGUGCCCCCCCGGCAGAUCCGCCCCGGGCAGAUCCCACCUCCUUCCUGACCCUUUCUCUUGCUUCUAGUUCACGUCCUCAAGAACCUUCUCUCAGCCCCUCACUUUCCCUGUCAGCUCUCAGGACAGACCACUAAGCCCCACUCCCAUCCCUCAGCCCUUCCCUUUGUCUUGAAGCCGUAGGUAGGCUGUUUAUUUGGGGUCUGUAGCUGAUUAUUUUUUGUUUGUGUAUUUUAAGGGUCCGAGAUUAAGGAGGGAGCCCAGGCGUGGAUGUAAAGUCCAAAUACUGGGGUGGGGCGGGGGGGACACAAAACUCUUUUAUCUGUGACUUCCAAGGGGAUGAGGAGAAACUGGAGACCGGAGGACAGGGGGGCUCCCCCUGUUGUUAAAGAAAUGGGUCAGGACACGGCCAGGCGUGGCCGUGCCAGGGGGAGCAGCCUCCGUGGCUGCUAACGUCCUUGGUGCUUCCCUUGGCUGGCUGCAGCCCCGCCAUGCUAACCCCUGCCCCUCCUGUCUCUGCCGCCGCACCCCACAGGCAUAGCAAACGAGUCAUCUUACAGACUGGGAGGCUGAGGGACAGCCACAGGGGACGCCGAAGAGGCAGCUCCUGGGAGAGGCUGACGCUCCGCUCCGGAGCCUCUGGAAAACUGAAUGACCCCCGCCUCCCACUCGGAAAGGAAUCUCUGCAGUAAAAGUUCAUUCAAGAGACAGCUUUUUUAAACUACAAAUCUUUGAUCCCCAAUAAAAUGAUUUAUUAUUAGGGGGAGUAUCCAGCUUUUAUAAAAUGUAAAGGAUGCUUUGGUUGUAAAAGUAAUACAUACUCAUUAUGAGUCCCAAUUAAAUUCCUUGAGUAGGCAGGUGACUACCCUAAAUCAGAACAAAACAAAAUCCCUAUGAAUAAAAAGAUUUCUGGUUUGUACUAGCAGAGACUGAGCUGGGCCAGGGUGGGGAAGGCCCGGUGACCUUGAUCAGGCGAGCCCCACCUUCCCUCCACGCUACCCUCUUUCACUUCUCUCUAGGCGGCCCGUGGUGUUGCUGAAUCCUACAGCUUCCCCCAGACAGCAAGGAGACCCUGCUAGGGACUGGUUGUGGAGGGACCCCUCUCCUGAGAAGGCAGAUGCUCACGGCUAAUAGGUCUGUGCAGCUCAUCUUCCACCAGGUUCUUUAUCUGGAAUUAGAACUUCUUUUGUUGGUAUCUUUGAUCUUACAACUCAAGCACAUUUUGGAAGGGCUCCCUUACAAGAGUAGAAUUCCAAACAGAGGAUACGGUCACAGAGCAAAUGCAAAGGACACUUGAGAAACUGAGACACCGCUUUACCAAACAGGACUCCUGAACGCAAUACAGGUGGACAACUAAGAAGCUGUAUGUGUCCGUGUGUGUUCUCCUUCCCCGAUGUUCCUGUCAGCUUGUUUUGGCCUGUUAAACCUUCCGUUCUUUAAAAAGAAAAGCGAGUUUACCUCAAAGAAUCUUGUUUCCAUUUGGAAACCACGACUUUGUGUUUUAGGGUGGACGACUCUCCCCCGCCCCAUCGCUCCCUGCCUGGGCCUGGCAUCCGUGAGGCCAGAGGUCCUGGCUUAGUCAUGAGUUGGCUGCACUGACCAAGGACAAGAACCCCAGGCCCUGAGAUGGGAGGGAAGGAGUGGAGGUAGCCGCCCUCCUCCCCACUUUAGCUUGUAGAGACCAGCCUAUCUCUUUCAGCAGGGUCCUGCCAAGUUACCAUAGCAACCAACAACUCCAGGGUACCACAAGAGAUAAUGGCUCCGUGAGCCAAGGGGUGGGGGGAGAGGAGUCUGGCCUGGUCAGAUGACCCAGAGUUAAGUCUCAAACACUAGAGAGAGGAGGAGGAUCAGGAAAGGAUGAAUGGGCGGUUUAAGGAACAGGCAGGGGCCUUUGAGUCUCAGAGACAGGCUGCUGAAGGCGGUAGGGCGGUCAUUCCUGCUUGGGUCACCCACUCCCAGCCCCGCCCCACUUCUGUUUCCAGAAAGCUCCCACCUUGAACACCGACCCUUUGUUAGAACAAAGCAAAACAUAUCUUUAGACAACAGUGUUACAAUGAGCCUCAAAGAUAUCUGGAUGAAAUCUAUUAGAGGAAGAGGGUCUUCUGGUUUUGAUUUUUAAAGAAGAGUAUCCGAGUAAGGUUAAAAAAAAAAAAGAUUAAAAAAAAAGUUUUUAAAAAGGAAACCUAUGCUAUUUAAAUUGGAGCCCAGUUGUGACUUGGUAAAGGCAAGCUUCUGUACCUUUGUUAUAAUUAAUUGUAUACCUGUGUAUGUAAAUAUAAGGCAUUCCUAUUUUGCAGUUCAGAAC